UUCACUGAAGUGGUGAAUAGAAAUUCAUUUGUCAAUGUAACUGCAGGACCGAAAUCCGGUGGUAGGUUCUUCCUCAUCUCUAGUGUAGUGAAUUUAUAAUCGAUAAAGAUAACAGGGUGAACAAACUUACAUAGUUAUCAGAUAGUAUUGAAGUGCAACAUAUAUUCCAGUUCGACAUCAAUAUUGAUUGAAUAGAAAGUGUAUUUUGAGAUUUACCUAUAUACGAGUUUAAUCUACAGGAACCGUGAGCUAUACAGGCUGAUUCGAUUCAUUGGUAAAUGCGCGGAAGCUAAGGGUAGACAGAGGAAAUCGAGGUGAUUUAAGUGGAAGCGACCAUGAUAAGAGCAUCAAUUUCGCUGAUAGCGUUACUCUUCGGAGUAGCUCUCUGUCAAGUACAUUACGUUCCUGUUAAUGCCUACAUCCCAGUAAACCCCUAUCAAAUAGGCUGGAACAACAGCUACUACAACUACAAUAAUAAAACCAGCAACAACUCAUCUUGGACGGGGCCUGGGCAUAUAUUUUGGGGGAAAAUUGGUCCGCUCGAUAGACUUCUAUUCAAUGAGAUGUACUUCAAAGACAGCCACUGGUGGACUUCUAGAGAAAAAAUCAUCGAGUAUCCAAAGGAUGUGCAGUCGGGUUACGUCAGGCAUGAAACGAUUUCCGCUAUUCAUAUCAUCAAUAAAUUCUAUCAGGGCAACCACGCAAACGCAUCCAUAUUGUCCGGUGGUGUUGGUAGGCAAUUUGUGAAGAUAAGACUGGCAUCAACUUGGGGAUAUGGUCUCAAAUUCUUGGUACAAAUAUUCGGUCAUUAAGACGAGCGAAUUAUGAAAUAAUAUUGAAACUGAAAAAGUGCAUUGUAGAAGAAUAAAUUUCACUGCAAGAGUU